CUGGCCGGAAGUAGUAUUACACCCGAGGAGCUUUUAUUUUGAAGUGUGGAGACCCGCAGCUGCUGUUGCACCUCUGUUGACAGUUGGACGAGUGUAAACACAGCACUGAAUGCUGCAGGUCACAGGAUGGACACCAGUGGGAAACCCUCAACUGCACAGAUCGUGGUCUUAGCCACCAGCUCAGCCCUGACUGCGCUCUUCUACUCCAUUUACAAGAACCGAGCUACAACAGUUGCCAGAUUAAAGGAAGCCAAGAAAGUCUCCAUUGACCAGGAUCUGAAAAACAUCCUGUCUGAAACACCUGGAAGAUGUGUUCCAUACGCUGUCAUAGAAGGUGUUGUGAGGUCUGUGAAGGAAACUCUGAGCAGCCAGUUUGUUGAUAACUGCAAAGGCGUGAUUGAAAGGUUGACCUUGAAGGAGGAAAAGAUGGUGUGGAAUCGCACCACUCAUCUGUGGAACAACACAGAGAAAGUCAUCCACCAGCGCACCAACACAGUCCCGUUUGCCCUCGGCUCACAUGACGACGAUAUCGCUGCCACAGUGCGGGUAAUACGUCCACUAGACGCUGCAGAGUUGGACCUGGAGACCACCUACGAGAACUUCCAUCCCACGGUCCAGUCCUUGUCCAACGUCAUCGGCCACUUCAUCAGCGGGGAGCGACCCAAGGGCAUCCACGAGACUGAGGAGAUGCUGCGGCUGGGCGACAGCGUCACAGGUGUCGGCGAGCUGGUCCUGGAUAACAGCCUGAUCAAGCUCCAACCUCCCAAACAGGGCUUCCGUUAUUUCCUCACUCGGCUGGACUACGACGCUCUUCUCAGGAAGCAGGGGAACAGCGUCCGACUCUGGAGGAUUCUGACUAUUGUUUUUGGCAUCGCCGCUUGCUCCACGCUCCUCUUCAUCCUGUGGAAGCGCUACAUGCACCACAGGGAGAGCAGGAAGGAGAGGAGCAUGCUGGAGGAGUUCAAAGAGCAGCAAAAGAAACGUAUGCGUGAACUUAACGUGGACGAAAGCAGCGUGUCGCCAACAAGCUGUACUGUCUGCCUGACCCGGGAGCGGUCCUGUGUGUUUCUAGAGUGUGGUCAUGUGUGUGCCUGUGCCCAGUGCCAUGACGCCCUGCCAGAGCCAAAGAAGUGCCCCAUCUGCAGGGCGACUAUAGACCGAGUGGUGCCUCUUUACAACAGCUAAUGUGGAACUGCAGAAAUGUGCAAUAUAUCACACAGGAAGUCUACUCAGUCAUUAUUACGCCGACGAUACAGUAUGUUAUUUUAAAGCUGUCUGCUCAGGCUUGAAAAGGAUGAUAUGUGAACUUUUUGUUGCACUUCUUUUGCUUUUUCUCACUGUCGUGGAUAAAUAGUAGGCAUCUGUGCUGACUCAUGACGCAGUCCCAUUUCCCAUCAAAUGUACAAAUCAGAUUUGGAACCUGUGAAAGUAGAGAAAAUGAAAUUCCUUCUUUCAUUUUGAGAGAGAAAAUUAGGUUUCCUCUCACUAAGACACUGACAAGUAUUGAUGAAACAAAUCUUGGUCCUGUAUCCAGACAACUAUUAAUCUUAAGAUCAUUCUUAAAACAGCACUCGGGGGAAGUGUACACACACACAUACACACACAGACAGUAAAGCUCUUACGAAAACACUUUAAAGGUCCAGUGUGUAGGAUUUAGGGGGAUAUUGGCAGCAAUUGAAUAUAAUAUAAUAAGCGUGUUUUCUUGAGUGUAUAAUGACCUUAAAAUAAUAAUAAUUGUGUUUUCAUUACCUUAGAAUGAGCCAUUUAUAUCCACAUAGGGAGCGUGUCCUCAUCUACGGAGAGUGCCUUGUUGCACCGUCAUGUUGCUACAGUAGCCCAGAAUGGACAAACCAGACAUACACUUUAGAUAGGGCCAUUUGCUUUUUUGCAUUGGCCAACGUAGUUCGAAGCCCCUCCACGACUAGCACUGCCGCAAAACACUUUAAAUCAUCAAGUCUAUUUGUUUUGGAGAGGAAAAGACCUCUGCGGAUAAUUUGGCUUCCGUUAAAAACCAUCUGAACGUCUGUAGCUGUAUUCACAAACAUUCAGAGACCACUCUCAGAGAGCUCUUAACGUAGCCUAAAGAUUUCUAGUGCAACGUCUUAGCUUAGCAGUGAUUUAAGAAAGUUCUCAGAGCAACUCUGAGCAAGGAAGGGACAGAAACUUUCCUCUUAGUGAGGACGUGUGGUUUACCCCGUCGCUAGGUAUGAUGCCUUCAUUUAACAGAUGUGAUUGGUUGCCCUUUUGUGAGCCUGCAAGCUGUGGACAGCCAUUAGAAAAGAGAUGAUGUCAUUGUUGGUGUGAUCACUCUGCUGAUGGAAGGUCGAGACAGGCCCAAGUCAUCACUGCUGCACUGUUGUAUCUUUUCAGUUUUCCAAAUAUCUUAGUGCGGUCAUCACUCUUGAUUUCUGGCAUUACAGCGUUAUUGCGUUGGGUGGGAGAUGUGAGUGGAUCUCUAAUGAGAUCGACCACAAACAUUAUCCCUGCACAAUCUAAUCUGUAGCAUUUCAUUUACUCACUGUCAUCCAGCGUUUGAGGAAUAUUUCUCUGACGUCUUUGUCUUUCUGACAUUUUCUCCUCUGCCUCAGAAAGUUUGAAGCCUCUUAAAAGUCUUCCUCCCUGCUCUUAACAUUUUUCACCUUUGGAGCUCUUUUAAGGGCUGAGAUGCUCUGUGAAUAACUUAUCUUUACCAGGAAUUUAUCAGACUCUUGUCACUAGCUUUGUGAAUACAGCCCCUGAAUCUUAAGUAAUCACAGAAAAAAUAUGAGCACACAUUAGCAGGUGCUAGGCUAUAUCGGCCCGUCUUUGUCAAGCCGAACAGUGUAGGAGAAACACUGAUUUUUGACAGCAUUUGUUUGGGUUUAAAUCCCCAGGUCUGUUUGUUUUUGGGGAGAGGAAGGUGGUGAAAACCUCCUGAACAAUAAACACUAAAGGAAUUCUAACUGGAGGAACUUUAAGCUGGUUGCAGUCUUCAAUUCUCCCAAAUCUUACACACUUUACCUUUUUAAAGUGUCAAGAAGUACUUAUCUGCCAGAAGGUGGUGGUAUACUGUAUGCUUAAAAUGCAGUACAUUAGUGAAAGCUUGAAUGUAGUGAACAACACAACAGAGUCGUUUUACUCUAAGAGUGAUUCAGUAUAAAAACAAAGCUUAACUUGCAUCCUUGCUUUGUUUUAAUCCACGGUGCUGGGUGCAAGUUUAAGAAAGUCAGUUUUGCUGCUGCUAGAAUUUGUUACUCUUCACUACAUCUUCAACCUCAAGCUAAGCUAACCUAAGCUUGUGGCAAACAACAUAUGCACCGUAAUUAAAGACAACAGAAACUAAACCCCAACAACAGAAGUGGCAUUUUAGCUCGAAGAGUCGUAAUAUGUUGGAUGAAACAGGAAAAGGAGGAUGACAACGGCACGAACUGACACAUGAACAAAUGAAAUGUCUGUUUUUAUGUGUGAUUAGUUUGUGUUAUUUAAACAUCAAGUCUCACUUCAGGUACCAUGUACAAAAAUAUAAUGUAUGAUCAUUUCAAGAAUGUACAAAAGUAUGACGGACAUUGGUAGGAUGGAUUUUACUUCAGCUGAACCUAAGGUGCUUUUGGGAAACAGUGUCCAACUUGUCUUUACAUUUGAUUUUUGAAGCGUGCGCAGGCUAUUCAGUCUGCCUAAUCAUUUUUUUAAUGUUUUAAAUUGUGAUUUAGCUUUGGUGAGGCCUUACAGAUCGUUAAAAGCUAUGUUUUUUCAGACGAGCGGAAGGAAAAUUUUCAGUGUAAGAGCUCGAGGAGUGAGGCGGGGUGGCAGGACGAUAAUUGCUGUCAGGUUGUUCCUGGAGAAGAGGGAGCAGGCUGACCCUGUCCUGUUCUUUUUUGACUUUGUUCUUACAAAGAUUUGGAGCAGGUGCUUGGCCUCCUCAGACGUUCGGCUCAGAGUACAGGGAGCACAUGAAAAACUUGUUAAAGUGUACCGUACAGGAGGGACCUCUGUACGGUCACAGCCUCUGAUUGUUGGACUUUGAACCUGCUUUUCCUGAGACAUUGGCAAAACAUAAUCAUCAACUCUCUGUCUAUUUGAAACCUCAUUAAAGACAAAUGCAAUGUUGAUCAAA